AUCAGAUGUAAGAAUGUAAAUAUGUAAUUAAGAUCUCAUUACUGAACAAAAUUAUUGAAUGAAUAUUUGUGCAGCAAAUAAUUUUUUUUUUAUCACUCAAUAAUUGUAAUGAUCAAUUUUAUUUUAAAAGAUACAAUUAUGAAGAACACAGAGAGUCUGAUGGAGAAGAAAGAGAAGAGAGGAGGAAGUCACCACCGCGUCAGUCCUAUGUGUUGAAGUUGUUUGACAGGAGUGUAGAUUUGUCACAAUUUGAUGAAUCCUCUCCAUUAUACCCCAUAUGCAGAGCGUGGAUGAUAAAUCAACCAAAAAUGAACUACAAAGAAUACGGCCAAUCAUAUGACGAGCCAGAACUAACAGAAGAUAGUGUAGAAUUACCUGGACCUGAAGGGCCACCGGUGAGCAGGAUACCAGAGUUACUACCAGAACAGAAAGCAGCAAACAAGGAUAAUAUCAAUUUAAACUAUCGCGAUGAGGUUCCGAGUCGCGAGCAGCUGCUGCGUGCGCACGCGCGGCGGUGGGCGGACGUGAGGCAGGCGUGGCUCGACCAGGCGCAACUCGUGGAGGCGCGCUACCACCACACGCAGCAAUCACUCAACAAGAUCAACGUCAAGUGAGUGCCCUUAUCCAUAUCCUACUUUUGGUUGACCGAGAGCAGAUUCAGGGAGCCGUGCCGCUUGAUCUGGUGCUGGUGAUAUCUUUUUGUGUCAUUUAU